UGUGUGCUAAAGAUAUACAUUUUAGUUUUUUUCAUACAACUGUCUAUCCAGCCUUAUCAUAAUACAAAAUACCUAUAUAAAUGAACUAAGAGAUGUACAAAAAGAUAACAUUGAGAAGAACAUUACAAAAAUCCUCAGAGGGGAAAUGUUCACGUUAAAGCAGUAUAAAAACACCAAAGAAUGACUUGUUAAAAACUAAAUUCAAAGAACAAAAAUGAUACAUCAUAUGCGUAUAUUAAGUUACUCAUACGCUUAUGUAUGAUUUUUACAUUAUGCGAACAUGUGUGCAAGUAUAUGCAAAUGUGCGUAAGUAUUUGUAGUUUAACUUUACAUGACAGAUUGAGCAUCAUUGUAAGAGAUAAUAAACAAAGAGGAUGUCAAAAAUACAUAGGGAGAACAAACAAAUAACAAAUAAAGGGGAAUAAUCAGUUAUAACAAUUACAAAAAAAUUGACUUCUGGGAUUAAAGUGACUCACAUUAUUUUCUAGGAAAUAAAAGAGAUUACAUAUGUUUUGGUUUGUGGCCAUGUUUUCUCAGAAUGAAUACAAAUAGUGAGUUGAGAAUGGUAAUCCACCGUAACGCGUCUCUGAUAUUUCCGACACCCCUGAAGGCAGCAAAUACCUGGGGGCGGGGUUUAGAAAAGCCUCAGCCUGAGUCAUGACUCCUCCACACAGACGCUGAGCCGCAGACAGCAGCAUCGACUCUGCGGAAAAAAACUGAAAUAAAAACAGUGAAAAUGUCGCUAACGUUACCGUGAAUGAACAGUCGGCUUCGCGUGCAUCCAUGGUCUAUUUCCCGGGCAUGCAAACCGAGGCGCACAGCGUCAAGCCGGGACAGCUGGUUGAGAUGUUUGACUCGUCGUGGAGAGUGCGGAACAUUUGGGACGGGGUGAGGCUGGAGGUGGUGGAAGACCCCAGCCCGGUGGUCCUGCACAGCCUCACACACCUGGACCCGGACCUGCCGCUGCUGGAGAGCUCGACGCAGGAGAUAGGAGAGGAGGCCGAGGAUGACGCCAUCUUCACCAUCACGCUGAGGAAGGUGCAGCUCCACCAGUCGGCCAGUAAGGGGCAGCGAUGGCUGGGCGUGGACACGGACUCCGCCUUGAGCCUCUACGAGACCUGCAAGGUGCGGACCAUCAAGGCCGGCACGCUGGAGAGGCUGGUGGAGUACAUGGUGUCGGCGUUCAGGGGAAAAGACUCCACCUACGUCACCAUCUUCCUCUGCACCUACCGCUCCUUCGCCUCCACCAGGCAGGUGCUGGAUCUCCUGCUCAACAGGUAUGCCAAGCUCCAAAACUUCCCCGCAGCCACAGCACACAGAGUGUCCCAGGACGACCGCACAGAGCUGAGGAACACUGUGUCGUCCAUCCUGGGCGCGUGGCUGGACCAGUACUCUGAGGACUUCUGGACCCCCCCCACCUACGACUGUCUGCACCAGCUCAUGUCCUACCUCCGCCUGCACUUCCCUGGCUCGGACCUGGAGCGCCGCGCCCGCAACCUGCUGGCCCACUUCCACCGCCGGCAGCAGUGUGAGCCUGAUCCUGAAGGGGAACACAUCGGCUGCCCUUUUGCUACGCAGGAAGAGAGCGGCUUCGAGGACGAGCUUCCUGCUUUCAGCUUCCUGUGCUUUGACCCCAUUAUGGUGGCAGAGCAGUUCACGCUCAUGGACGCGGACCUGUUUAAGAAGGUGGUUUCCUACCACUGUCUGGGGGGGAUCUGGUCUCAGCGGGACAAGAAAGGCAAGGAGCACCUGGCCCCCACCAUCAGAGCCACUGUGGCCCAGUUCAACUCCGUCACCAACUGUGUCAUCACCACCUGCCUGAGCAACCCCGUGCUGAAGCCCAACCAGAGAGCGCGGUUGCUGGAGCGGUGGAUAGACGUGGCUCGGGAGUGUCGGAUAUUGAAGAACUUCUCCUCGUUGCGAGCCAUCCUCUCCGCCCUGCAGUGCAACGCCAUCCACCGCCUGAAGAGGACCUGGGAGGAGGUAUCACGGGAGAGUUUCCGCACCUUCCGCGAGCUGUCCGAGAUCUUCUCAGACGACAACAACUACUCCCUCAGCCGAGAGCUGUUGGUGAAGGAGGGCACUUCAAAGUUUGCCACUUUGGAAACUAACCCCAAACGAGCUCAGAGGAGACAGCAGCAGCAGAGAGAACUGGGAGUGAUGCAGGGGACCAUUCCUUACCUGGGGACCUUCCUGACGGACCUGGUGAUGAUGGACACUGCCAUGAAGGAUUACACCGAGGGUGGUCUGAUCAACUUUGAGAAGAGAAGAAAGGAGUUUGAGGUGAUCGCUCAGAUCAAACUGCUCCAGUUAGCGUCCAACAACUACAGUUUCACUCAGGACAGCCACUUCAGGGAGUGGUUCGCAGGCGUGGAAAAACUCAGCGAGGCAGAGAGCUACAAUCUGUCCUGUGAGAUCGAGCCGCUGUCGGAGUCGGCCAGCAACACGCUCAGAGCCAAGAAGAACGGAGGAAUCAUGAAGCGCUGGAGCGACCGGCAGUUGACGGAGGCUGGCUGCAGCGGCCCCCCCGGCUCUCAUUCCAAGUCCUUCGACCACUCGCACUACAGACCGUACCAAGGAGGCGGGGGGGGCGGGGGGGACAGCGGGGACGCUCUCAGCGUCACCUCGGUCAGCUCCAGUGGUUCGGACCUGGAGGACGUGAACCCCAGCUUCCUGUCAGAUUCUCCGGAGGGACACGAGAGAAAGACGUCGACUCCCUCUGUGAAACUUACCGUCUCUGCUUUAGGGAGGGAAGCUCUGGCAGCAGACACGUCAACGGUGACGAGUCAGGACAAGACUCCAUCCGUCAUCAGGAAGGAAUUAUUCUGGGAGUGCACGUCCCUCUCCUCCCUGGACACCUCUGGGAACAGCUCCGGCUCGGCCUCGGGCUCCAGCAGCGCCUCCUCCUCCUCCGUCUCCUCCUCCACCCCGCUGUCCGCCUCCCGCUCACACAAACGCUCGGUGUCGGCAGUGUCCAACUACUCCACCCUGUCGCUGCCGCUGUACAACCAGCAGGUGGACGACUGCUGCAUCAUCCGGGUCAGCCUGGACGUGGAGAACGGCAACAUGUACAAGAGCAUCCUGGUGACGAGUCAGGACAAGACUCCAGCCGUCAUCAGGAAGGCGAUGAUCAAACACAACCUGGAGCGGGAGAAGACCGAGGAGUACGAGCUGAUGCAGAAAAUCUCUGAGGACAAAGAGCUCCGGAUCCCGGACAACGCCAACGUUUUCUACGCCAUGAACUCCACUGCCAACUACGACUUUGUGCUGAAGAAGCGCGGCCUUGCCCGGCCGAUGAGGACCAAGAACGUGGCCAGCUCCACGCUGCCUCGCAUGAAACAGAAGGGACUGAAAAUAGCUAAAGGGAUUUUCUGAAGGGAGAAACGCGCCACCUCCUGCCUCCCCUCCACCAACCCCUUUAACCCUCUCUCUGGUCUCCCACUCCUCAGAAGAAACAUUUGUGUUCUGUCUGAGGCAAAAGUAUCUGAGUUUUGGUUUUGGACAAAAACACAAGAGGAGAUGAAUGACCAACCUUUCUGUGGAUGAGCAGAAAGCAGAGGAAGCACUUAGGAACAGCUGUCGCAUCAUCAGGACCCUUCAGGGCUUUAUAAGGCGCGUGGAAACGUCCAUGCUGUUUUUCCGAAGACAACAAAAAGGACACGUUUGUGGAAAAAGUGUCGGUGAAUGCUCGGCGGAGGGACCAGUCGAACACUCGGGGUAAAAUGUCCCGUUGCUUGUGAAGAAGCAGAUCCAUUUCCUGUUUUUUCUUUUACUUUUAGUUUACAAGUGUUUACAUAAACUUAAAGGUUUUCGUUCAAGCCUCUUGCUUGAGUUUUUAAUCACCUUUGUUAAAAUAAUGUCAAAACCCCAGAGUUCCUCGGCAGCCUCGAUCCCUGAACGCCACUCACCCUGUCACGGAGAACACACACGAACAACACAAAGCCGCCACGUACAGCUGGCCGUUUCGAAUGUGUUUCAAUUUUGUCAGGGAACUUUUUCUCAUGAGUGUACCGCCGCCUUUUACCCCAGGUUCCUGAUGUCGACAGUGUUUCUGGGACCGGGGCACUGAACCCCUCACGCUCUGUGGACGCUGGGACAUUUUCCUUCGGCGUUUUACCACCAGUGGAGGGGAGCUGAACUCUUUUCAAAUCUAAAAAGCUGCCAUGUUACAAAAAAACUAAAACAAAAAGGUCGGAAAUGGAAACAUUGGUGUCAAAAAAAUCCAGUGGGCACAGUCAUGAAUAACAUGCUUCUUUUUAUUUUUAUUAUUAAUGAGUUGUAACCACUACACAGCGAAGGACGUGGCAGUGACUGGGACCCCAACCCAAACGUUCCAGAGGGAAGAACAAGUGAGCAGAAAAGCAACCGAGUGUAUAUAUCCAUUAACACCAACUGUGCAGUAUGUGCUUUGAAACGGACCAUGAGAUUUUUGUUAAUAGACUUUGUCACGAUAUCAACAUUUUUAUUCAUUUUUGCUUUGUACAUUUUAUUUAGCAUCUCUCUGCUCUCAUAUGGUGCUGCUAGUUAUCCUCAUCACUUCACGGAUUUCUCUACUUCCUGAUCGCCCGCCGCCAUGUUGGAAGACGACACAAAACAUCUCUUCUCCUCUGCGGGGGGAGACGUUUUUAAUAUUAGUUUGCUGUUUUCCAAAAAAUAAGUUAAUAUGGAAAACCAUCACUGCCAAGAAAAGACCAACAAAAUAAAGAUGGAGAAAUGGUUAGGAAAAAAACUUGUUUAAUAACACUAAUGAAUAUUUGUAUCCAUUUAUUUUCCCAACAUUUCUCAAUAAAUCAUUCGAUACAAAUAUGAGUAAAAAACCGAAAACAUCCCAGUAACAUUUGUAUUACAAGUGAAAGUCUUUAAUUAGCUUGUUUUGUCGCAGUUGAACAUAAAUACUAUACAAUCAUCCCAAAAUACAUUUCAGUUUUUAAUUUCUUUAAAUUCCUUCCUUUUCCUGGCAAAAAUAGGCUUCCAUACACCUGAGUGAAACCUUUUUCAAACAACAAAAUUAUUAGUUAUGUUUCCUGAAAUACUACAGUAGAGAAAUUCGGGAUAAAAACCUAUGAAAGAAUAAACAAAAAUCUGUUAUUUUAGGAGCAAACUGAUGAUUUGGUUUAACCCUGGACUGUUGCACGGGUAGAAGACCCUAACUGUGGUUCAGUUCUUCCAACAUGGCGGAUCAUCCUUCAUAUCCAUCAGUUCCAAACGUGCCAUGCUUGGCCUGUGUGUUGCUCCUAAGUCCUGCUGAUUUAUCCUGCCAGACGUGUUGAAAUUAUAUUUUUUUGAUGAUUUCCAGAUCUGGAAAAGUUGUCAAAGUGCAGGAAAAGCUUCUUAAAUCAGACGCAGUGCGUAGGAGGCGCUUCGGUGAUGCUGCCAAAACUGCAAACGAGGGAACAGACUCUCCUCGCUGCUUUUUCUGUGCUUUCCGUGACGUGUUUCUUUAAAGGUUAAAUCCAACCUAAAACAGCUAACCAGUUCUUGGUGAUGCACUUUCCCUUUCCCACAAAUACAUUCCAACAACAGUAAACUCUUGAAGGGCUUUUUUAAAGUAUUCUGUACAGCUUCCCUCUGUUGAUACAUAGGUCACACUACUCAAUUAUUAUCUCAAAGAAGAGGAUUUAGGCUAAUUUCCAUCUGCAGUCCCUUUUCUGUUAAUUUACCGUUAGCUAACCCCAAACCCAGUGAAUAUGCUCUUCACAAGGACAACAUUAGUGGUUAUUUCUAAAACAAUGGGGCUUUUAUUUCAGAUAAAAGCAGCUUCUGAUUUGAAACGGGCGGAGGAUUUGAAAAAAAUAACGGUUGUCAGCUGUAGCUUACCUCCAGCUUCUGCAUGUUUGUUUCCAACUGACUUGUGUAAGAACUGUGUAAAAGAGCUCUUAAAUCUGCACUUAUGCUUCAUACAUGAUACUAUGCUAUGUUUCUUAGCAUUCAUACCCAGAUGUAUAAAGAGAACAGGGGCACGUGUUGAAGGCGGGACCCCGUUCUUUUCCGUAGAGUUGCCCUGUGGCGCAUGAAGCCAAAAUGGCCUGACUCUUGAGAGCAAACGUACCCGUAUCUGGGUCCAUAGAGCGUGCGCACUCUCGUUUUCCAUAAGCCCCGCCUUCGAUCUCCCGUGCUCAAACCGAGCACAAUUAAGCACAGUUAACAACUUUUAGACCCUUAUGAUUUAAAUAAGGGCUAUUAGAGUGUUCCUACUGGGUAGUUGAUUUAGUUUUAAGAAAAUUCUACUGAUUUACUGACAUCUUUUUUCCAAUGUAAGUCAAUGUGAAGAAGUAUUGUUGGGCACAAUGACGUCACGGACUUACAAUGAAGUUGUAGUACCAUCGUUUGGCCACUAGGAACAAUUGCUUCAAUGACCGGCGCACUUCCUGGGGUCUUGGUGCAUCCUUUAGUCCUUAUCUUUAAAGUGAAAAGAUUUAUAAACAACAUUUCAGAAAAAAGAAUUGCCUACAGUAACCUGUAGUUCCACAGAAUGUUGUUGUGCUCUUUGACCCUGAAGGUAACGCGCCGUUAAUACUCAAGCCUUAAGUCAAGCCAGCUUCUGACUAUAUAAACAUGUUGCACAGCAUCCUGGGAAAUGUAGGAAAUGACAGCAUAUGGGAAAGUGGUUAAACCAAAUGCUGAAAUAUAUCGAUGGUUGGAUUUUUCCUUAUUUGUUCAUACACACUACAUUCGCCUGGAUUGCGACCAUGUGUUGCCUUUUUAUUUUUAUUUCCACCUGCAUGAGUUCAUAAUUCUCCAAACGAUCAAAUGAAUGAAGCCCCCCCCGCAUUCCCCCCAUUAAACGUGUGAUAGCGAAAUGGUGAGGACAGCAGAAGCUGGACGUUGUUCACGGCGGUACAUGUCUCGCUGUGGAACACUGUGACCAUUGACCUUUCACUUGAUCGGCGCUUCAUGUUGAGCACUGUGAACAAAAAAAAAUAAAUCGCCUCGCUCCCGCUUAAUUGUGUCAUAGUGAACAUUUGCCCUUCACUUAUGUUGUUGGCGACCCUCCAUGUGCCAAAAAUGAAAAAGAAAAGAGAAAAAAAUGUUGCUUUUUAACAGACGAGUCCUCUGCCUUUCACAGUGAGGAAAAAAGAUUUGUAUGUUUACUGUCGUUGCAUUUUUCUGAAAAAAAAAAAAAAGGGUGAGAAGAACACUGUGGACCGUUUCCCAUGUGGAAAAUUAGACUGUAGCCCGAGAAACUUGAAGCAAAGAUGUUUGUGCGGAGCGUCAGAUGAAGCUGUUGUAGAAACCCCACGUCUUCUUUAAUGCGGCUAAUUUUGCAAAUAUUCAAAAGUGAUGGGGCUUUGCUAAUAUGAUCUUGCGUUUCCAACCAUAAACCAGGUUAUUAUUUCCAACUAAACUCUAUGUCUGAGAUGCAUUGUAUAAAAAAUGUUAGGUUAAGAAUCUCAUUUAUUUUUACUUUUCUUACACACCUCAUCGAAAACACCUCUUGAAAAACGAUGAGAUCAGUCGUGUUACAAACAUUUUUCGAUGCAGUGAAAAGCCUUUUUUCACUGGUAUAUUAGACAUUUAUUAGAGGUUUGUUAGAAUUCCUCCUCCAUUAUUUCAAAGCAAACUGUAACAGGACCUUUAAUGCUCCAAGGUCCUCCUUAAUGUCACAAAUUGUUUAUAGACUAAGGACGAGAAUCACUACAGCAUAAUCUGCUAUUGCACUUUUGUUCAAUCUGAAACAUUCCAUUUUAAAUUGCUUACAGGUUCUUAAAAAAAUACACAUUUUGUCAAGGUUAUUGUCUUCCCAGAAAAUCACCCUAACCCACAAUUUGUUAUCAAGUAAUCCAUUUGUAUUGCACCUUUUAAUGCAGAUUGGUGCAAUUUAAUACCGUGAAAACAAAAAUAAAGACAAAACAAAUUGUAAAUGAGAACAUUUUAAUAAAGAAAACUUAAUAAAAUAGAUGUAAAAGAAAAGUAGAAAAUUAAAUGUAGAUUAUUCAAAUAAUAAAUAAUAUAUAAUAGUAAUUUCACAUCCUAAAUACGAUCAAAUAAUAAUUCUAUAAAUUAUUAUUAAUCGAAGGCCUGUCUAAAUUGAUUUUUAAUUUUACGUGUAAAGAUUUCGAUAGAUUUUGUCUCUCAAUACGUUCCGCAGCUUAACAUUUUAAAAACGAUUCCUUGUCUUUCCACAGUCACAUGUUUCUGCAGCAGCUACAUCUCCAUAUUACGCGUGUUCUCUAAAGCAUUGUGCACAUGAGUGGAACUUUAAAUGAGCUGACACCCCCCCCCCCCGAGUGUUUCUGUGCUGAUGAGGUUGAUGUUGGACUGGUUUGUGUGUCGUCGUAGCCCGUGGUGAAAUGAAGUACCUUUUUUGUGAUUUGACCUGAUUCUGUGCGAGUUCGAACAAAAAGGCUGCGUUUACAAGAAAAUAAAACCAGCUGGUGUGGUGUGUGUGUUUUUUAUUUCUUGUUUUGUUCCCCUGAACUAUGCUCGGGUGCCAUUUUCCAUUUUAACGAAAAGAAUUUCCGAACUUUUUCUAACUGCAGUGUGUUUUUCAUUUUAUUUUUCCUACUUUUCCCAAGAACACAAAACCUGUGUAAAAAAAGAACCUGUCCUUGAUUUUGUCUUUGUUUAUUUAUUCAUUUGUAUAUAAAGAUUUUGUUUUGCAAUGUACAUUCUUUCCUUUCUUGGUUAUAGAUUAAUAUAUUCAUGUAUAUACGAAUAAACAUUAAGUUUAUAAAAUGAA